UGGAUUCUUCUCCACACAAGAUAACUAUUGUCAUAAACCAUGAAGAUCUCACCAUUCCUCUUCCUCUUCAUCUUCAUCUUCUUCGUCUUCCUCCGAACCAACGCCCAAACCCCCUCCGACACCGCCCACCACCGAUCCACUUCCGACGCCAUCAGCAACUUCAAACCCAGCCUCGCCGUCGUCAUCUCCAUGCUCACCGUCAUGUUCUCCCUCACCCUCUUCCUCCUCCUCUACGCCAAGCUCUGCCACCGCCCCUCCACCACCGCCGCCGUCGCCGCCACCCUCCCCCUCUCCGCCCCCGGCCUCGACAAAUCCCUCAUCUCCUCCCUCCCCUUCUUCCGCUUCUCCUCCCUCCUCGGCUCCCGUGCCGGCCUCGAAUGCGCCGUGUGCCUCGCCAAAUUCGACGACGCAGACGUCCUCCGCCUCCUCCCCAAGUGCAACCACGCCUUCCACAUCGCCUGCAUCGACCAGUGGCUCGAGAAAAACUCCACCUGCCCCCUCUGCCGCCGCCACGUCACCGCCGACGAUCUGCAGAAUCCGCCGGAUUCCAAUCUCGAGCUCUACGUGGAGAGAGAGGAGAGCCGCCAAGGAUCCUCCAGAUUCUGCAUUGAGGAGGAGGAGGAGGAGGAGGAGGCGAUGCCGGAGAGCAUGAUGCAUAGAUUGAACCACAAGAUAGUGGUGCUGAAGAGCCGGUGGAGCAACGUGAGCUCCUCCGACAUCAUGCUCCUCAACUCCUCCUCGGAGGAGGACAAGGAGAGGAAAUUAGGGUUUGAAUCGGGCUCGCGAAAUCCUGAUGAAAAGAGAUCCAUGUCCGAAAUCGUGGUUCAUCCAAGAUUCCAUGAAGAAGUGAAUGUGAGGGAGGAGAGGAGGAGAAGGGUUUGGCUACCGAUUGCCACAAAAACAGUGCAGUGGUUUGCAAGUAGAGAGACAAGAUCAUCUCCACACUCUCAACAAUUCAGGUGAUCAUAAUUUAUGUAAAUCAAUAUUCUUUGUCUCUCUCAGCUUGAAAAUAUUUCUUAGGAUGUGUUCUUUUUGUUUUACUGUUUGUUUCUGACUUACCAUUUUUUACAUGAAAAAGUCAACGAAAGGGGUGCUGUGGCCCCUCCAAAUAUAUUAACAUAAAUUUU